ACCCAGACUCUAGACUAGACGUGUUUAUUUCCGAAAGACGAGAUGUCAACAUACGUAUGCCUAGCGUCCUUGAUUGACAGUCGCUUGAGAUACAUUGCAGUACACGACACGCAUUAUCAUGUAGGUCAAUGAGUUUUGAACGUUCGGUGAAGGGGAAUUCCCUUCUAAAAAUAACUUGAAUAUUUCACAACAUCCGGUGACGUCACUUGUUUUCGAACCUUCGAAGUCCCUGGAACGUUCGAGAGGAUUUCAUCAGUAUUUAAGAAAUUUACCUACACAACAUGCCUCAGUAUAAGCAGCCAGCGCGGUGGUCCACAUCUCCUUGGUCUGGUAUAUUCAACAGCAAAAUCCACACAAGAAAGAAAACAGUCCACGGACUUGGCUUUUGUCCACCAUGUUUAUCACAUAUCCAUCAUCCCUGAAAGGAUGUGUUUUGGUGUUUGUGGGACUCGCAUUACCGUCUUUGUUGGGCGCAAGCACAACCUGUAACCCAGGUGUAAGCUACCUGGAUCCUGUCACUGGACAUUGUGAUCCCUGCAGUGAUAUCUGUGAGUUUACACAGGCACAGAGAACACAGAAAAGAUGCCAGGACAUGUGUCCAGGGUACAAGCCCAUGGUUCAUCAGUGUCCUCCACAACAUUACUACGAUGUCAUCGUGGACAGAUGUGAACGUUGUGAAUCUCUCUGCCUCCAUCCACAUACACGAGAUGAUUGUCAGAAGCUUUGUCCCGACUGGUCCGAAAAGAAUUCCUCCGUGACAAGUUCACACACAGAGCCCAAGGUGAUUUCAUCAACAAACGUGUCAGCCAAUACUGCUGAAAGGAGCCAUGCGACAGAAAGUAACUAUGGAUCGUUAACAACUGGAGUUUGGAUAGGCGUGGGGUUCCUGGCACUAUGUGCCCUAGGUCUUGUUGCCCUGACAGCCGUGUGUGGGAAGGGCUGCAUUGGCACCAUUAAGUCACUUGCUUCAAGACACCUAUUUACCAGACAUCCUACACAGGUCCAAGAGGACGUUGAGACCAGGGAGAGCCUAAAUCCCAUAUACAGACCUACUGGGCGUGGUCCAAUUGCAACACCCAUUGAAGACGUGUGAUGAGGAUGACGAAGAACAUUCCAUUACUAUUUGAAAUAAAAAUGUAAAAUUGGUUGAAGGAGACGACGAAGAGGAAGAACAUGUUUAGAGCAUGUUGAGAAGGCGGCUAAGUCGCAAGAUAACCAAGUCAAAGGGUGUGAAGACAAAUACCAGUCUCGCCAGAGACGACAUCACACGAGACGAACGGCGCUGGCCGAGGAGAGACAGCGAAUAACACGAUGAAAUAAGAGUGUUGUGAGAAAGAAGAACAGUACGAGUUGUGUCCCUUGGUACACAAAGCUGAAGUGUAAGGACCCACAAUGCGUCACAAAGCGGAUAUGCAUUACAGGGUCAAGUAGCACAGCUGUGAAGGAGAUUGAGUCAUUUUCAUAUGAUAUCAUAUACACUCACGUUCUAACACAUACGUAUUUGUUAUUGAUUCAGUUAGUCCGAUCUUUUUUGCCAUUUUGUAUUAAUAGAUACCAGUGCUUCUUGACAGAACUGAAAUGCAUACAGAAUCUACUGGUAGUGUUUACAUUACAAAUAUUUCUUGGUGUAGUGUUUUACCAUGUAACCACCUCAUGGUAGGUGAUCAUUUUAGGUGCAGGUGAGAACAUGUGAUGUGUCGAAAACUGUGCUUUGAUGUAGUUACUAAGUUGUUUAGUUUUAUCAAAGUUUACAUACAUGUGUGUACAUAUAUAGUGUUUCUAGAAGAAUAAAAUAACCCUGUUUACUCUU